AUGGAUUAUUAAGAGUUGUAUGAUUUGAGAAAAAAACUUGUUGAUUGGAAAAAGUUUCCUACAGAAACUAUUUGUAUUUUAAAAUAGUUAGAAUAAUCUCCACUUGAUUGGGAUACUGUUAAUAAAUCUAAAAUAUAAAAAACUCUACAUACUCUUACCACUAUAGAUGAUAAAAAUGAUCUUCAAAUUACUACUAUUAAAGCCAAAGCUUCAGCAUUAUAAGAUCGUUUCAAAAGACUAUCUUAAGCUAAGGCAAUUUAAAGAACAUAACAAGAACAAUAAAAUCAAUCAAUAGCUGAAAUUUAAGUCUAAAAACAAAAUAGUGUCUAGAGUAUUUAAAGCAGCAAAUCAUUGCCUGAAAUAGAACUUUUUGCUAAUUAUAAAAUACCAUAUCCAGCUUAUGCUGAUAGACUUAAAUACUUAAAUGGAAUAAGCAAAAUGUUUAUUUCAAAUAUAUUGGCCUUCAAAAAAGAAAAUGAUUUGAGCGAUUCAGAUUAUUAGACUAUUAAAGAAUGUGUAGAAAUUAUAGAAAAAACUAUCUAUUAAAAAAGAAGGCAAGACCAUACUCCUAGAAAAACUUAUGAAUAAGAUUUAAGAAUUUUAGCGGGCUUUUUAAAGAAAGAUAAAAAUGGAUCAUUAACUUACAGAAUUUUUACUAAGGCUUUUGAUCCUGUUUCUGCAGCUUAAUUAAGGUAUUUUAAAAUAUAAUGAUCUAGGGCUGCUGAUUGGGUUGAUGAUGAAACUAAACAAGAAUAAGCUAGAAUAAUUAAAGAAAAAAUGGAAGCAGAACAAAUAGGUUUUUAUAAAGAUUUGAGCAAAAGAGAAAUGGAGGGAGUUGAAGGGAAGACUUGUAAAGGAUGCGGACAAAAAAAAGUAUAUCUUGUUGAUGAAAAAUAAACUCGUGCAUCAGAUGAACCAACAACGAAAUUCUUUGAAUGCUACAAUUGUGGAGAUAAAUUUAGAAUCUGUUGAUUAGAAAAAAACAUAUUAUUUUAAUUUUGAGAGAAGAU